CACUGAGUGGCGGCACAAGAACGAAAGACUUUGGGUGAACGUGAAGUUGUAGUAAACGAGAUCUGGUUGUAGUUUGCAAAACAUGGCGUUAGAUAGCAACAGAGCUAAAAUGCCAUACCUUAACAAGUGCAGUUUGAUUAAACAAGGCGCUGAAGCCAGGGUUUAUCGUGGUAUAUUUUUGGGUAAGCCUACUAUCAUUAAAGAACGAUUCCCGAAGCUCUAUCGCCAUGCAGUCUUAGAUGAAAAGCUCACGCACCGUAGAACAGUUCAGGAGGUACGGUCGAUCCUACGCUGCAGAAAAGCAGGUAUCAGCACCCCGGUUGUUUACUUUGUGGACUACACCUCCCACUGCAUCUUCUUGGAAGACCUUGUAGGUUCCAUCACCGUAAGGGACCACAUAGCCUCCAGCCAAGAGUCAGGUCAGGACCCAGUGUGCCUGAGCUCCUUAGCCGAGGAAAUGGGCAAGAUCCUUGCUAAAAUGCACGACGAGGACGUUGUUCAUGGUGACCUAACCACGUCUAACAUGCUGCUACGACAAGGGUCGGAAGACGCCAAACCUGACCUGGUCCUGAUUGAUUUCGGGCUGAGCUUCACCUCAGCUUUGCCAGAGGAUAAAGGAGUGGACUUGUAUGUGCUGGAAAAGGCUUUCUUAAGCACGCACCCCAACACUGAACAGCUUUUUCAAAGGCUCCUGAAAAGCUACACUCAUGCUUCCAAAAAGGCCCCCGCUGUCAUCAAAAAACUGGAUGAGGUGCGCCUCAGAGGGAGGAAGCGGUCUAUGGUUGGCUAAGUUGAUCCUGUUGGACUGUGAAAGAAACUCCUUUGGCUUGAACCACCAGUUAACCUGUGUCAAUUUUGCCAUAAAGUUAUUUUGAUAUAAAUAAAGCACUUAUGCAAUU